AUGUGCGUCAGAUGGCGUGCCAGAUGGUGCUUCCUAAGGCCAUCGCCAAGUACGGCGCCAGAACCUCUCAUCGCUGAGGCUGUGAACGACACAGACCGGGAUGUGCGUCGGAUGGCGUGCCAGAUGGUGUUUCCUAAGGCCAUCGCCAAGUACGAACCUCUCAUCGCUGGGGCUGUGAACGACACAGACCGGGAUGUGCGUCAGAUGGCGUGCCAGAUGGUGUUUCCUAAGGCCAUCGCCAAGUACGGCACCAGGAUGUUCCCGCUCCUGAGCAAAGUCCUGGAAGACAUCGAUUGGCAGGUGCGACGUGACGCAGUGGAGAAGGCGUUGCCCGAGGCCCUUAAUCAAUCCGCCGACAGGGCAAAACCUUUCGUCGACGGAGCGCUGAGUGACACGCAGUGGCCGGUGCGUCUGCAGGCCUGCAAGAAGCUCCUGCCCAAGGCCAUGGAAUGUUUCGGCGCCCGCAUGAUCGCACAAAUCCGCGAGGGCCUCGUCGACGAAAACAUUGAUGUUCGAAAGU